UUCACAUACGGGUACUACAGAUUAUUGACGGUGUCGUGGGCCCUGGUUGGUCUGUGCUUACAUUUGUAUGCCAGCAGCAUCCAGUCUGUUAUUUUAAUGAGAUGUAAAUCUGGCUGCAAUGUGAUGCGAUGCUUCCUCUUUCCCUCUGCAGACAUUAGUGUUGAUUCAGGCCUCUGCAUGCUGCCGAAGGCCUGCUUCGUCUUCCUCAACCCAGAUAUCACCCAGUGAAUCUACUGGACUUCGCUCACAGCUCGAUUUCGGGCUUUUAUCUAAUUUAAUAAGCUGCGUUUGGUGAUAUGUUAGUGUUAACUUCAGCUGUUAAAGCGCAGAGACACGCCGAGUCGUGCCAGUGUUUAUGACGAAGAUGAAGGCAGUGCAGAAGUAGCCAGUUUGCCAUGGCGUUAAAUAAAGUAACGGCUAUUUAUUUCAAGAAAUAAGUCCAAAUAAAGAUGUUUGCCAGGCGUGUCAGCUGAAAGUUAAGGCUACGUAAUAGUUUUUCUUUCUGUUAAUAUUCUUGCUGGUUAAUAAAACGGCUCAUCGCACCUGCAGGCCGACGUUGUCCCAUUUGCUUCCAUUCACAGACGCUUUGCUUAAGCUGUCGGCCAUGUUUAGGCAGUCACUUUGCUCAGCUGACCGGUUGUCCGCAACGUCUUGUUUCCCUCCUGGAGGCUAAUUUCAGUUUAAAUAUCCGCAGUAAAGAUUAGUGUUUGAGAAAUCAUCAACAGGCUUCGUGCAGGAAGACGACGUUUGGCUACGGACACAAAAGGUCACGGAAAUGUUUAACGUUAAGAAGCGCUGCUUAGGCAUUUCGUCUUUUGGCUUGAAUGAGGAAGGUUGGAUACGUGAUGUUGGGUAGCUGGAGAAGGAAGGCGGGCAUCCUGCCCAGUCUGGAGGACCUGCUCUUCUACACCAUCGCGGAGGGCCAGGAAAAAAUCCCUGCUCACAAAUUCACCACAGCUCUUAAAUCCACAGGGCUUCGCACAGGAGACCCCCGGCUGAAAGAAUGUAUGGAGAUGCUGAAGGUGACCGUGAAGACGACCUCUGACGGCGCGCUGGACCGACACCUCUUCAAAAAAUGUGUCCAGAGCAACAUCGUUCUGCUCACCCAGGCCUUCAGGAAGAAGUUUGUCAUCCCAGAUUUCCAGUCUUUCUCCGCACACAUCGACGAGCUCUAUGACAACGCCAAAAACAUGUCUGGAGGGCAGGUGGCCGACUACAUUCCCCAGCUCGCUCGCUUCAGCCCAGACCUGUGGGCCGUCGCCCUGUGCACCGUCGAUGGACAGAGGCACACAGUCGGCGACACCAAGGUUCCUUUCUGUCUGCAGUCUUGCGUUAAGCCGCUGAAAUACGCCAUCGCCGUUCACGACCACGGCACCGAGUACGUACACCGCUUCAUCGGCAAAGAGCCCAGCGGCCUGCGAUUCAACAAGCUCUUCCUGAACGAGGAGGAUAAACCACACAACCCCAUGGUUAAUGCCGGUGCUAUCGUCUGUACCUCCCUCAUUAAGCAAGGGGCAAGCAAUGCUGAAAAAUUUGAUUACGUCAUGAACUUCAUGAACAAACUGGCAGGAAACGAGUACGUUGGCUUCAGCAACGCCACCUUCCAGUCGGAGCGCGAGUCUGGAGACAGGAACUUUGCCAUCGGCUACUACCUGAAGGAGAAGAAGUGUUUUCCAGAGGGGACAGACAUGACCUCCAUCCUCGACUUCUACUUUCAGCUGUGCUCCAUCGAGGUGACGUGCGAGAGCGCCAGCGUCAUGGCAGCGACUCUGGCCAACGGCGGCUUCUGUCCAAUCACAGGAGAGCGUGUGCUGAGCCCCGAGGCGGUGCGAAACACUCUGAGUCUGAUGCAUUCCUGCGGCAUGUACGACUUCUCCGGACAGUUCGCUUUCCACGUCGGUCUGCCGGCCAAAUCCGGCGUCGCUGGCGGGAUUCUGCUGGUUGUUCCGAAUGUGAUGGGCAUCAUGUGUUGGUCUCCUCCACUCGACAAGCUGGGCAACAGCGUCAGAGGCAUCCAGUUCUGCACGGACCUGGUUUCCCUCUGUAACUUUCACAACUAUGAUAACCUGAGACACUUUGCUAAGAAACUGGAUCCUCGCAGGGAGGGAGGAGACCAGAGGGUGAAGUCAGUGAUCAAUCUGCUGUUUGCUGCUUACACUGGAGACGUCUCCGCCCUGAGGAGGUUCGCGUUGUCCUCCAUGGACAUGGAGCAGAGGGACUACGACUCCAGGACGGCCCUGCAUGUGGCAGCUGCUGAAGGACACGCUGAGGUGGUUCGCUUCCUGCUGGAGGCCUGUAAAGUCAACCCAGUUCCCAAAGACAGGUGGGGGAACACGCCGAUGGACGAAGCGGUCCACUUCGGCCACCACGACGUGGUCACCAUCCUCCGCGAUUACCACACCCAGUACAGCCCUCAGGAAACCACCACCACCGACGACAAGCAGAACGCAGAGAAGAACCUGGACGGGAUGCUGUGAUGGAGAAAGAAAACGUCUUAAAUCAGAAAGGUCAGACAGGAAGUCGUAUUAAAAAAAAAUCCCGUAGAUGAAACUUAACAGUCUCCUUAAACACGGAGCAGCCGCCAUCCCUCCAGUGUUAAAGCUCCUCGUGUUAUUGGAUGUUGUUUUUGUAUUAUAUUACUGUAUGUACUUUGAGUGGGGAAGAUAUUUUUAUUUAAUUUCUCCUUCUGUAUUUUUGUCAGCAGGCUUAUUUUGGUAAGUCGAUGGACUCUGUUAUUUACUUUAAAAAAAAUCAUCGUUUUUUUUUAUUAUUCUGAAAAGCUGUAACAGGAAGUAGCAGGUGUAAUUUUUUUUUGAGCAGGUGUUACAGACAGUUUCGUGCCCUGGUUUUAAAACAAACAAACAAACAAACAACCUUCAUCACGUCUUCGUCACAACAUGGAGGAAUGUAUCUUCCCCCAAACACUUUGGUGUGUUUGUGUGUGUGUGAUAUUUAUUUAUCUAUUUAAGAUAAACUGUACAUUCAUGUAGUGUGUGUGUGUGUGUGUGUGUGUGUGUGUGUGUGUGUGUGUGUGUGUGUGUUCCUGAGAUGAGGAUAAAUGAGUGUAAAUACGUACAGGUGUACAGUUGUAGUUCUGUAGUCGAUCAGCACGAGGUGUGUGAGGUAGAUCUCACUAAAACACUUGUGUUUAUUCAAAGCGUUAAAUAUUCACCCUUUAAAGGGGGAUAUGAGUUAAAGGCUCUUUGUUUUGCUAUCUAAUGUUUGUUUUUACCCCCCAAAAAAACUGGAGUUUUAUUUUGAUCUUUAUUUAUUUUGUUGUUUGUUGUCUCCUGACUGUUUAAAGACUUUCUAAACAUCUUAUUUGACGCUGCCAGCAGCGACAGCAGCUUCCUCCUGCAGAGACGAAGCCGCCGAAUUACUGUAAACGUCCGAAAGCAAAGUCUGAAUUCUGUCACUCGGCGAUAGAAAAACACGACAGAUCGUCUGUUACAAACUCAAGCUGUGCAGCCAAACGUUAUUCAAACCCACCGAACUUUAUUAUAAAUUCUAGUGGAGAUCACAAAGUUUCCAAAGAUGCUAAAUAUGUGAGAGAAAGUGUGUACGCUCAAGACGUCCAGAAUAUUUCCAUGUGACUGAAUGAUGCAGCUUAGCUCUCUGAUUGGUUGUUUCUUAACAGCAAUGCUCUCUGGGACUUGUAGUUUUUUUUUUUUAAAGCAAAAUGUGACAGAAAAAUGUCUGAUCUUUAUGUUUUAUGUGCAGCCGAGUGUUGAAAAUGUCCCGACCUGACGUUAAAGUCUAUAAAAACACUUCUUUAACUGAACACUGCCACUUUUAAGAAAGUAAAAUAUAUUCCUAUGUUGAGUGCACCACUUCCUUUCACUCGUGCUGUAACACUCCUGUCUUUUUUAAAAUCAUAUUUUCUGAAAAAUCGCGACUUUUACUGCAGAGAACGUGUUGACUGUAACGUAUCACAUGAAUUAUGAUGGUUUGUACGUAAUCUGUUUCCACAAGAGAUUUAAAACACUGAAACAGAAGGAGCUGCUGUUGUUUUUUUAUUUAAAAUCUGCAGAUGUUUAGUUUCUCCAGAGGUUUUGUCUGUUUGUAGCGUGGAUGUUGUUUUCUGAACCAGGCAAUCAACGUGUCUGCGAGAUUAACAAUCCACAAUCCAAGUUUAGCGCAGCGGGAAACGUUUUUGUUCCUCAGGUCGGGAUCAGUUCAUUCAGCUUGAUUUGAUAUUGUUUAAAAGUCAAAGGUGACUGAAAAGAAGCACAAAACUGUACCUGGAAAAAUCGAUAUUUUAAGAUAAAAUUAGCAAUACGAAAAUGAAGUGAUCCCAACCUGCGUCAAGUGGUCUCCGAGAUGAAGUAAUCUGAAUGUAUCGUGUUUGGUGUCGUUCUGUUUCUUCUUCGUGUAUAUUUAUGCUGCUUCAGCUCAUGUUAGUUGCAGGCAGUUCAGAUAUUUAUUCACAGACAUUUAAUAAAAGUUAUAAAAGUCAAA